UCGCGCAACGGGAAGUAAAUAUGGAGUUCCCCUGUCCUGAAAUGACAAGUCGAGGUAUCAGGGAUCUAUAACUUCUAUUUCAGCGAUCGAAGUCUGAGCUUCCCCUCUUGAUGACAAUCUGACUUGAACUGGAAGCAGGACCCAACUGACCAGUUUGUGAACUCUUGCUAUGGGCCAGAGGAUGUCCUCUGUAAGCAGUACAAUCCUGGUAGAUCAGUACAGCACCAACCCAACCCAAGCUUUCGCCCGUAAACAGAGCCGCUUCCUGCCACCGCACGUUCAGGUGGUGGAGCCUACGCCCUUUGACACCCCGAAACCUGCGGGUCACACUCGCUUCGUCUGCGUGUCGGACACACACUCCAGGACAGAUGGCAUCCAGAUGCCAGACGGUGACGUCCUGCUGCACACGGGGGACUUCUCAAAUCUGGGCCUGCCGUCUGAGGUCAAGAAGUUCAGUGAGUGGCUAGAUAGUUUGCCUUAUGAGACCAAGGUCGUCAUCGCUGGGAACCACGAGCUGACCUUUGAUAAGGACCUGAUGGACAGGAUGGUGAAGCAGGAGUACUUACGUUUUCCCAAGCUGAGGGACGUGGACUACGAGAACAUCCAGUCUCUGCUCAAAAACUGCAUUUACCUCCAAGACUCUGAAACCACAGUCAAGGGAUUCAGGAUAUACGGCUCACCAUGGACACCGGAGUUUUACGACUGGGGCUUUAACCUGUCGCGUGGCCAGGCUCUGCUGGACAAGUGGAACGAGAUCCCUGAGGGCAUAGACAUACUCAUGACUCAUGGACCUCCUCUUGGUUUCGGGGACCUUAUGCCCAGGCAGAAGCAGCGGGCGGGCUGUGUGGAGCUGCUGAACACUGUGCAGAGGAGAGUUCGGCCCAAGCUGCACGCCUUCGGACACAUACACGAAGGAUAUAGUGUGAUGACAGAUGGCCACACCACGUUUGUCAACUCCUCCACCUGCACAGAGAUGUACAAGCCAACCAACCCACCUCUUGUCUUUGACCUUCCCAACCCAGAGAGACCUUCAGAGGCCCUGUCUCAGGAUGACACGAGUUAAAACUAAUGAAGACACGUGGAACUCGAGCUCAAAGUAUCAAUUUUGAUGCCUCCACUGUCAUGUUGAAAGUCUGCCAUGUUGAAAGCAUUGGGCACCAACAUUCCUGAAUCAAUUGAUGUUCCUAUUAUAGAGUAUCAACACACAAGAUUUCAAAUGAAUAUGUCCACCUGGUCAAAAGUUAAUGCACAAAAAAACCCUUAUUGUGAUUGGAUGCACACCCAGCUGGACAAUAGAAGAGCAGUAAUUCCACUCUGAUCCCUUCAGGUGGAGGCUUAAUAAUCAGAACACCUGUAAAGGAAAUACGUAAUGCUCCACAUGGGGACUACAUGAAAAAUAAACCUCUGAAUUCAGCUGUGCCAGCAGUCUAUAACAUGUGCCACUGGCAGUUAUUUGUCAUGCCAUACUGUAUAUCUUAACGGACAGUCUGACGCGCUAGUGUUCUCGGAAACAGAGGUGCUCAUCUCAGUUUGAAUUUUUAUUUCAUUUUUUAAUUUACUCAAUAUGGGCCUAGUCUUGGUGCUGCAUUUACUGUGUGAAAUUCACGGUUGGUGUGCAAAGGGCAUUAGUGCUGUGUUUACUAUUGUAGGGUUUUGUAAAAUGAUAUUGGACUGUUAUGCAUAGUGUAUUGCACACUUGUACCUGAUUUGUACGCAAAUUUCACUCACACCUCUCAUGCCAGCAUCUGCAUCAGAUAGAGCUGUGUUUCCCAAUAACUCAUAAGUAGAACUUAAACCUAUAUACAGUAUUUUACAAACAAUGU